GAAAGACCAGCGUCCUGUCGCCUGUACACCUGUUCCAGGAUCACCAUGGUGUGUGGUGUGGACCGGAGACGACCGCAUGUUCUUCUUCAAUCCCACGAUCCACCUCUCUGUUUGGGAAAGACCAGGAGAGCUUAUUGGUCAUGACAUCAGCAACAUCGUCCAAAACCCACCCCACAAAAGGAAGAAGAUGCCCCCAACUGGCAGCGAUGUCAUCUGUCAGUCACCUGGUCUCCGUGGUGAUGACCACGAGGAAGAGGAUGACCAUAAACGCAGCUCCAAGAGAAACAGAACAGAGGACUCAAUGUCACUUGUCCCUCAUCCAAGAGAGGUUAAGCUCCUCCCACUGGAUCUUCGUGUCGCUCACUUCAGAGAAAUGAUGCUGGAAAGAGGGGUGUCUGCAUUCUCUACCUGGGAGAAGGAGCUUCACAAGAUGGUGUUUGACCCUCGAUACCUGCUGCUUACUGCAAACCAAAGGAAACAGGUGUUCGAUCAGUUUGUGAAGAGCAGAGUGAAGGAUGAGUACAAGGAGAAGAAGAGUAAACUGCAUAAAGCCCGAGAGGAGUUCAGGCAGCUGCUGGAGGAGGCCAACGUCACCAGCAGAUCAACUUUUAAGGAGUUCUGUAGUCGUCACCAUGGCGACCAGCGCUUCAACACGCUCAACAGUAAGAAAGAGCAGGAAGUUCUCUUCAACAACUACAUCACAGCCUUGAAGAAAAGGGACAAGGAGAACCGAGCCAGACUGAGGAAGAUGAGGUGAAGAACCACUAAGUGACGCUAGAAGCAGCUAAAACCAACUAGAACUUCGUCUAACAAACCUUCCAGGACCGAAACUCCUGGUUCUGUGGGAGAAGCUGGACAAGGACCAGAAGCAUCAGACCUGGACCUAUGAACCCAAGUCUCCCAGACUUGUGCCCCAGACCCAGGUUCCUCAGCCUCAAAUCCCCCAGACCCAAGUCCCUCAGACCCAAGUCUUCCCCAGACCCAAGUCUUCCCCAGACCCAAGUCUUCCCCAGACCCAAGUCUUCCCCAGACCCAAGUCUUCCCCAGACCCAAGUCUUCCCCAGACCCAGGUUCCUCAGCCUCAAGUCCCCCAGACCCCAGUCCCCCUGUACAG